AUGGCAGCGUCUAUCGCGGCUCUUUUUGGGUUUAAUUCUAAAUUGCCCAAGAUUACGAAGCGAGACAAGGCCAUUCUAGAUAUGAAACACCAGCGAGACAAUCUCAGACAAUAUCAGAAACGAAUACAGUGGAUCUUGGAUCAGGAGACACAGCUUGCGAAAGAAGCACUCAGAAAGGGCGAAAAGGAGAAAGCCAGAAGAGCCCUCAGACGAAAGAAAUACCAAGAGAGUCUACUUCAGCAAACGGACGGCCAGCUGGAGCAGCUGGAGCAACUCGUAGCGAACAUUGAAUUUUCGCUCAUAGAGGUCUCUGUUAUGCAUGGACUCAAGCAAGGAAACGAAGUUCUCGCCCAGAUACACAAGGAAAUGAGCAUUGAAAGCGUAGAACAGCUCAUGAGCGAGACGAGAGAAGCAAUAGAGUAUCAAAGGGAAAUUGAUGAAAUGCUAUCGUCCAAGAUGACUGCAGACGAAGAAGACGAAGUGCUGAAAGAGCUUGAAGCCAUACAACAGGAGCUAGCUCCAACUGUGGCACUUCCAGAUGUCCCGACCACUGUCCCGGUCAAAGUUGGUACUCCAGUCAAGGAGCCGACUCCCCUCGCAGACGAAGAAGAUCGUGUGGCCGUCCCAGCCUAG